CGCGAGGUCAGUAAAGGCGUCCGAAUCUGAAACUCCAUAGCACAAGUUAUUUUGGGAUUAUUAUGGCAAGUAGAAAGACAGUUAACGAAAUGAUAAUUCAGAUUAUGUCUGAUAUCAUUCGGGACCAUCAGUUCGACAUCAUCUGCGUUAUCCUCAUCUACCUCCGAAGCAUUACCCGGGGACGACGUUUCACUAAUACCACUAAUCGAUCCAGAUAUUCAUAUAUCCGGCGGAUACCUGAACAGGUUAGACGGCUGACCCGACUUACUGGUGUCACUGAUGUGGCUUGUAUAGAAAAUUUGAGAAUGGAUAGAAACGCCUUUGGGAGGCUGUGUAUUAUGCUUCGGCAGACAGGUGACGUUGUGGACGGUCGGUAUGUUACCGUGGAGGAACAAGUAGCAAUUUUUCUGUCAAUUUUGGCGCAUCACAAGAAGGUUCGAGUAGUGAAGUUUGAGCAUUGGAGGUCAGGGUAUACUGUUUCCAAGUAUGUCCAUGCUGUCUUGCGGGCUGUGAUUAAGCUUCAUCGUACAUUCUGGGUGGUGCCCGAUGCUGUGGGUGACGACUGUGAGGAUCACAGAUGGAAAUGGUUCAAGGGGUGCUUGGGAGCCCUUGAUGGCACGUACAUCAACGUGCAAGUUCCUAAUGCUGACAAGCCUCGCUACCGCUCACGAAAGGGUCAGAUUUGCACUAACACUCUAGCCGCUUGUGAUCGUAGUAUGAGAUUCGUGUACGUUCUCGCCGGUUGGGAAGGCUCUGCCGGGGAUGCUCGUGUCCUAAAGGAUGCCGUUAAUCGGGAACAUGGCUUCAAAGUUCCACGAGGAAAUUAUUAUCUAUGUGAUAAUGGGUAUGCAAAUUGUGAAGGAUUCCUAACACCCUAUAAAAGUGUCCGAUACCAUCUCAAAGAAUGGGGCCCGGCAAGUGGAGCCCCUCAGAAUCCACGAGUACCUCUUACUACCCGGUGA